AUGGAUACCAACCUUGACAACACAAGCAUAUUGCAAACAGCAUCAGCUAGUGUCGAAGCCAGUACAGUGGAGAACAACGAAACGAGAAGCACAUCACAAGAAUCAUCAGCCAUUACAACUGCAGCAAUGGAGAACGAAAAUCAAACUGCUACUACAGCUUUGCAACUGCCAACUUCCUCCACAAGUACAACGAUGAGCAACAUCACUCCCACAACUUCCACCGCUACCAUCAUCCCGCCACCAACUUCCACCGUUACCACCAUCUCUCCACCAACUUCCACCGCUAUCACCAUCCCCCCACCAAUUCCCUCCACAAGCACAACGAUGAGCAGCAUCACUACCAUGAUUUCUGCCAUUUCGACCAUCCCACCACCAGGUCGCCUCGGCAGCAGAUUACCACUUGAACUUCGCCUUGCUAUUUACAUUCCACUUCUCUGCAUGACCGUUGCCGGCCGCCUCCCCCCCAUUCUUUAUGCGUUGUCCGGAACUUCCGAUUAUUCCAUCCUCCAGGCACAAUACAAGAUCAUCAAUUUUGUCCUCUCUGAUGCCACAUUGCCUGUUUUCUCAACCAUUACCAAGCGUGGAAACAAAUUGAAGAAGAUUCUCUAUCUACAUAUACGCUCUGACAACUUCACAUUCUACGGACUCAACGAUAAUUCUCGCAAGCUCCUCGUUCGCCACUACUGUAAGCUUGAAAACUCUUUCCGUAAGAUAACUUUCACUGCCAUCCAGCCAACUCGCACACCACAAACCACCGAGUCCGAAUUGUAUGAAGCCAACAGUAACGUUGAUUCUAUUCUGUAUCAACUUUGCGAAAUAGUGAUUGCAAGCGUUCAAGCGCCUCAAUUUCGUUUGAAGUUUCUAGGCUACAAUAAUGGAAAUUUGAUCGAUCAGAGGAAAUUGAAUGAUUUUGUUGACCAAGUCAGUCGUAAACUGGCAGUUCCAGGCCGAAUUUGGACUCGGAGAAGAGAAAUGGUCGGGGACGAUGGUGUGGUUCAUGAUGGAAUUGUUUGGAUUUGGGAGCUUGUCUAG